AUGGUUGAUGCAAAGAGGGAGCUGUACUGCUUGCGACACGCAGAGUUGCCCGCCCCUGCUCCUGCUCCUGCUCCGGCUCCGGCUCCUGCUUCUGCAGUUCCUUCUGCUGCUCUUGCACCUGCACCUGCUGCUGCUGUUCCUCCUCCUCCUCCUCCUCCUCCUCCUCCUCCUCCUCCUCCUCCUCCUCCUCCUCCUCCUCCUCCUCCUCCUCCUCCUCCUCCUCCUCCUCCUCCUCCUCCUCCUCCUCCUCCUCCUCCUCCUCCUCCUCCUCCUCCUCCUCCUCCUCCUCCUCCUCCUCCUCCUCCUCCUCCUCCCCCUCCCCCUCCAGAGGAUGAUGAGGGGAGGGGGUGCGAUGUGAGCGAGGAGAGCGAGGAGUGGUGUGGCGGGAGCGGAAUGUUGUUGGGUGGGCGUGUGGAGGAGGCAUGA